AGAUCUAGUCUACAGUACAUCAAAACUAGUUAAUAUUCUACUUAAGGUUAUACUUAAUCAGCAAAUUUCAUACAAUAAAAGCAUAGGUUCUUGGUGGAUUCAUCACACACCACCAGCCAUGAGAGCUGUAGUGCUUGCCUUGACUCUGGCCCUUGUGGCAAGUCAACAGAUUAACCUUGUUCCAGAAUUUGCUGCGGGUAAGACCUUUGUAUACAAGUAUGAGGGUUUGCUCUUGGGCGGUCUGCCUCAAGAGGGUUUGGCUAAGGCUGGAGUCAAAGUCAGCAGCAAGGUCCUCAUCAGUGCUGUAGCCCAGAACACCUUCCUCCUGAAGCUCGUGAAUCCUCAACUCUUUCAGUACACUGGCAUCUGGCCUGAGGAUGCUUUUGUUCCUGCUGCAAAGCUUACCUCAGCACUAAAGGCUCAGCUUGAAGUUCCCAUUAAAUUUGAGUAUACUAAUGGCAUGGUAGGGAAGGUAUUUGCCCCUGCUGGAGUCUCUGCUACUGUUCUGAAUCUGCACAGAGGUAUCCUCAACAUCCUUCAGCUCAACCUCAAGAACACACAGAAUGUGUAUGAGCUGCAUGAGGCUGGACCUCAGGGAGUCUGCAAGACCCACUACAUGAUCAGUGAGGAUGAAAAGACCCAUCAAAUUGCUGUGAGAAAGUCCAAAGACCUGACCAACUGCCAUGAGAGAGUCAUAAAAGAUAUUGGUUUAGCUUACACUGAAACCUGUGUGGAGUGCCAGAAGAGGGUUAAGAGUCUGACUGGGACUGCGACAUUCAGCUACACCAUGAAGCCCACUAAUACAGGUGCUCUGGUUUCUGAGGCUAUAGUUGAAGAGGUCCAUCAGUUCUCACCCUUAAAUACAGAAACUGGAGCAGCUCAAAUGAAAGCCAAGCAAAUUCUGACUUUAGAGGAAGAGCAGAAUGCCCCGACUGCACCCCUUGCAGGCGAAUACUUGGCCCGUGGAUCCCUGCAGUAUGAAUUUGCUACUGAGAUUCUUCAAACCCCAAUUCAACUUCUGAAGAUCAACAAUGCACAGGCCCAAAUUGGAGAAGUCUUGCAGCAUCUGGUUGAAAAUAAUCAGGCUAUGGUUCAUGAGGACGCUCCUCUGAAGUUCGUCCAGCUUGUCCAGCUCAUGCGUGUAGCUACCUUGGAGAGUAUUGAAGCCAUCUGGGCUCAGUACAAGAACAAACCUCUUAACAGACGGUGGAUUUUGGAUGCACUUCCUGUUGUGGGUACACCAGUAGCUCUGCGAUUCAUCAAGGAGAAGUUUCAAGCUGAUGAGCUUGCUGUCCCUGAAUUCACUCAGGCCCUUCUGGUUGCUUUGCACAUGGUCACCGCUAAUCCAGAUGUCAUCCAACUCACUGCUAAUCUGGCUAUGGACCCCAAAGUCAAGAAUAUUCCAGCGCUGCGUGAGGUGACCAUGCUUGGCUGUGGUUCCAUGAUUGCCAAAUACUGUGCUGAAGUUCCUACAUGUGAUGCUGAUCUCUUGAGGCCUAUCCAUGACAUUGCUGCUGCAGCAAUUUCCAAGGCUGAGAUUCCUGAAAUCACACUGGCUCUUAAGGUGCUGGGCAAUGCUGGCCACCCUGCCAGCCUUAAAACAAUCAUGAAACUCCUGCCUGGAUUUGGAAGUGCUGCUGCUGCUACUCCCAUGAGUGUUCAAGUUGAUGCCAUCUUGGCUCUUAGGAACAUUGCCAAGAAAGAACCAAAGUUGGUUCAGCCAGUGGCACUGCAGCUUUUCAUGGACAAGGCAUUACAUCCUGAACUUCGCAUGGUUGCCUGUAUUGUGCUCUUUGAGGCCAAGCCAUCAGUAGCCCUUAUGGCCACUCUUGCUGGAGCUUUGGAGAGGGAGCCCAACAUGCAUGUUGUCAGUUUUGCUUAUUCUCAUAUCAAGUCUCUGACCAGAAGCAUGGCCCCUGAUUAUAUGCAUGUGGCUGCUGCAGCAAAUGUUGCCAUCAGGAUGCUGAGCCCCAAACUGGACAGACUGAGCUAUCAUUUUAGCAGAGCCAUCCAUUUCGAUCUCUAUAUCUCUCCUCUCAUGGUUGGUGCUGCUGGUAGUGCUUACAUGAUCAAUGAUGCUGCCACCAUCUUCCCCAGAGCUGUCAUAACUAAAGCACGAGCCUACCUGGCUGGAGCUGCUGCUGAUGUUCUUGAGGUUGGGGUGAGAACUGAAGGACUUCAGGAAGCUCUACAAAAGACUGUUCCACAUGAUGAAAAUGCUGAUCGCAUCACUAAAAUAAAGCGUACCAUAAAGGCUCUGAUGGACUGGAAGUCUUUACCAACCAAUCAACCACUGGCUUCCAUCUUUGUCAAAGUUCUUGGUCAGGAAAUUGCUUUUGCCAACAUUGACAAAACCUUCAUUCAAGCCAUCAUCGAACAAGCAGCACAAAUUGCUACUGGACCACGUUCCCGUGAACUGUUGAAGGAGGCUGUUGAAGCAUUGCAGAAAGGCUUUGCCUUCCAGUAUGCCAAGCCCCUGCUGGCAGCUGAAGUGCGCCGUAUUCUACCCAGUUCUCUUGGUGUGCCAAUGGAGCUUUCUUAUUACACUGCUGCCGUUGCUGCUGCAGAUCUGAAUGUUAAGGCAACUAUUACCCCUCCUUUACCUGAGCAUCCAGAGACUCUCACUCUUGAUCAGUUGAUGAAGACCGAUAUCCAGUUGCAAGCUGAGGCCAGACCAAGUGUUGCCCUCCAGACAUUUGCUGUAAUUGGAGUGAACACUGCCUUGAUCCAGGCUGUUGUUAUGGCCAGAGGAAAGUUACACACUGUUGUACCAGGGAAAGUGUCUAUAAGAGCUGACCUUCCAAACGGCAAUGUAAAGCUGGAGGUUCUGCCUGCUGCUGUUCCUGAUCAUAUUGCAGAUGUCAGCUUUGAGACCGUUGCUGUGACCAGAAACAUUGAGGACCUCCCCACUGAGAGAACUGUAUCACUGGCCCCUCCAAUGCCCUCUGAUGCUGCACAGAGGUGGAUACCUGCUUCAGUUCAGAAGAACUUGUGUGGUGUUAUUCCUUAUAUUAAAAUCAAAGGAUGUGUUGAGGUUUCCUCCCAGAAUGCUGGCUUUAUGGGUUUAAAUCCUCUGUAUUAUAUUGUUGGACAACACGCAGCUCGAAUUUCUUUGGCAAGAGGUGAUGGUCCUGCACUAGAAAGACUGGAGCUUGAGGUACAAGUUGGUCCUAAAGCAGCUGAAAAGCUUAGGAAGGAAAGCAGCAAUGGUGAUGUUCAAAGUACUGAAGAAAGUACCAUCCUGUUGAAACUGAGGGAAAUUCUGGCGGCUGGACUGAGGACUAUUAACUCCAGCUCAAUCAGUUCUUCAUCCUCUGCCAGCAACAGCAAGAGUUCUAACAGCAGCAGGAGUGUUAGCAGCAGCAAGAGUGCUAGCAGCAGCAGGAGUGUUAGCAACAGCAAGAGUGUGAGCAGUAGCAGGAGUUCCAGCAGCAGCAGGAGCUCCAGCAGCAGCAGCAGAUCUUCCAGAGCUAGCAGGACCAAGAAUACUAAUUCAUAUGCUCAGUUCAGGAAGUUCAAUAAAGAACAGGGUAUGUCGAAAGGCAGCAGUGCAUCUAGCAUUGAGGCCAUACAGAGACAGGCUAACCUACUUGGAGAUGCUAUUCCACCUGCUUUUGCCAUCAUUGCUCGUGCUGUUAGAGCUGACCGCAAGCUGGGAUUCCAGAUUGCUGCUUACAUGGACAAGCCCACUUCAAGAGUACAGAUUGUGUUGGACUCUAUUAAGGAGAAUGACAAAUGGAAGAUAUGUGCUGAUGCUAUACUUCCAAGCAAGCAUAAAGUCGCUGCCAGGUUUGCUAUUGGUGAGCAGUGCCAGGACUAUUCUGUAACUGUCAAGGCUGAAACUGGUCUGCAUGAGGAACAUCCUGCUGCACGUUUUGGGUUGGGCUGGAACAGACUACCAAGAAUCCUAAAUUAUGCUAUCCCCUAUGUGAAGAGGGCAAGGGAGUACAUCCCUAGGGUAGCUUACCUGGUUGGAUGUAAUGCUGAUAGUGCUGAUAAUGAUGAGAGAGAAGUCAACCUUAUUGUUGCCCUACCAACUCAAAAGUCUGUCAACAUUGUUUUGCGGAUUCCAACGAUGACAGUGUCAAAGCUAGAUGUGCCUCUUCCUAUUGCCAUGCCUAUUGAACAGGAUGGAACCAUUCCAGCUCUCCAGAAUUUGGACAUUUGGGCCAUUGUUAAGAAAUGUCUAAAUGAUAUCAGGGAAUGUUCAAGUACAUGAUUUCAAAUAUGUAAAUUAAUUAAAUGAAAUAAAGAGCAUCCAAAAGGCAAAAAAAAAAAAAAUUCAGCUGUGUAUUUUUCUUUACUUACGUGUGGACUGGUUAAAGGCAUUUUCAUUAAAUAAUUUUAAGAAAGAUAGGUAGGUGGGUAGACUGAAAAUUUUCAGAUCUAUGACAAAACUUCCUGAUCAGAGCCAAAUCAGAGCUUGUACUUGUCCCCAAUGCUCUUUAAGUAUUAAGCAAGUUGUUCAGAAAAAGUCUUGUGGUAUGUGUCCAUCAACCUAAAACUCCAUACGCAAAAUUGGCAAUAAAAUAAGGUUAAGAGACAUUUUAUAAUUGUGGCUACAUAUCACAUCAACAAAUCAGUAUUUAAAAACAAUAUGCUUUCUCAAAAACACAUCUAUGGGUUUCAGUUUGUACAUUUAAUCAGUGUA